CGUGAUUCAAGCCCAAACACGUAGGGAAAUUCUUAUAAUAACAUUUUCUGUUCUGUUUAACCUUAUAUGUAAAGGAAAAUGUCUGCUGCAGGAACAAGAGUGUACGUUGGGAGAGUGCCUAAUGAUGCAAGGGAUAAAGAUAUUGAAAGGUUUUUCAAAGGGUAUGGCAGACUACGGGAAAUCUUGAUGAAGAAUGGCUACACAUUUGUGGAGUUUGAUGACCCAAGAGAUGCGGAUGAUGCUGUGUAUGAAUUGAAUGGAAAAGAAAUGCUCGGUGAAAGGUUAAUCAUAGAACAUGCCAGGGCUUCAAGGCGAGGGGGCCCAAGGGAAAGGGCCGGUGGGUUUGGAGACAGAUACGGUGGUGGAGGAGGUCGGUUUGGUGGUGGAUAUGGAGGAGGAUACGGCGGAGGUGGUGGCCGGUUUGGUGGGGGUGGGGGCAGAGACAGGUACGGGGACUCGGGAUACAACAGCCGGCGACCCAGUGGUGGGGGCAGAUAUGGGCCACCCCAGAGAACUGACUACAGACUGAGAGUUGAAAAUCUUUCAUCUAGAGCAAGCUGGCAGGACCUGAAGGACCACAUGAGGACUGCUGGUGUGGAGGUUACCUUUGCUGAUGCCCACAAACAGAGGACUGGUGAAGGAGUGGUCGAAUUUUCAACAGAGUCGGACAUGCUGCGUGCCAUCGACAAGCUUGACAGCUCCGACAUCAACGGCAAGAAGAUCAAACUGGUCGAGGAAGGACGAGGAGGUCGUGGAGGUGGCAGACGAAGCUAUUCACGCAGUCGAUCCAGGUCUCGCUCAAGGUCUGACAGCCGAAGCUCAAGGAGCAGUCGAUCAAGUACGCCACCCAAGAAACGCUCCCGCACAAAAUCAGGAGAUGAUGAGGAGGAUGAUUGAACGUUUGAGGAUGAUUGAACGUAAAGCGUUGUACUACAGAUUUGACAGUCCGGCAUCUAUAACUUUGCAUGUAUGUGUACAGACUACUGUCAGUCACUGGCUCCUGGCUACUAUGAAGAGUUUGCCACAUGCCCUAAGACUUGUUCUUUUAUUAAAAAACAAAUGUGUCUUUCGAACAUAGUAGACCUAUACUUUAUAUUAUCGAGUGUGUCAAAGACUAAGGUGUUUUUUGGCAUCAGAAUUUUUUGUCGCUGUAUCAAAGUUAAAUAAUUUCAGACAUUGAUACAGUAUGGGGGGGAAUAAUCUUACUGAAAAGAACUUUGUUAUCAUAUAAACCUACAGCAUUACUGAAUAUUUUGAUUACUAAAUAAUCUUGAGAAAAUCUGUUUAUAUAUCUAAUAGUAUUUGAUAAUCCUUGUUAAAAUGCUUGUGCAGUUGCUGCUGUCCUUGACUGCUUGAUAAUGAUUGACGACAGGAAGUAUAUGUUUUAAUGUUUCCGUUUUCAUUGACCGGAUGUUUCCAUUAAGUAGAAAUUCAUCUUUAAUGUGCCUGAAAUUAGAUUUUGAAAAAUAAGAGAUAAUAUUUGUGGAAUGUAUUGUUAACAUUACUUACAGAAUGUUUUUUUUUCUUUUAGAUGUUUAAUUGUUAUUUUAUUUAUGAACUGUAUGGAAGAGAUAUAAAGGUUUAUAAAGUUGAAAGGUCUGUCAAAAAUGUUUUUUUAUUCUCAGAUAUAUGUUAAAAUAAGUUUGAGUAUUGAUCAUUAAAUUAGUUCUGAAUUGAAAAAUCUAUUAAGAAGUACUGUUUAUAUUAAACUUGGCUCAAUAUGCUGGUAUUUUUAUACUGAAUGUAACAAUUCCUGCUUGCCUCGAAUUUCCUGAGGCGCCAUGUUUUUUUUGCCAGUCCCUGCAUGGAUGUUUGAGCAAACAGGGUUUCACUGUGAAUGGUUUUACAUUUUCAAAUUCUCAUUUUGUAAACAUUCUUUAAGUUUUAUUUAUGCAAGUUAAUGCAAGGUUUAAAGUGUAAAUUGAUGUGUCAAUUCUUGUAUAAGAAUUGUAAAAAUCAAUUGAACUAUAGACUGAUAUACUUUUAUUGUGGCGUGGACAUUCUUGUCCUUAUGAUUAAAAUAAUCAACCAUCAGAACCAUUUUGCUGUACAUAAAACAUGAAAAACACUGUAUUUCAUUAUAUAUCUUUUAAACACUAUACCAUUGUACAUUGAUAUUGUAUAAUGCUGUACUGUACUGUAAUGUUGUUUAUCAAUACAGAGUUUCUUUUCUAUUCAACACAUACAUGUACUUCAAUACCAUUACAACAUGUCUUGAACAAGUUUUUAUCAUCAUUCUAUCAUAAUUGUGAGAAAUACACAAGUUUGUUUUUUUACCAUGUAAAAUGAUUAUUGUGAAAUAAAAAUGUAAACUAUC